UCUCUCAUCUUGACCAACUUUCAUCGUUUACAUUAGAUCCACCAUGCUCGGCCUACGCUCAACAUACCAUCUAUCUACCAUCCACCGUACAACCAUCCUCCGCAUGAACCCCCACACAACCCGCCUCGCAUCAUCAUCAUCAAACCCAACACAUGCACAACCAACAAUACCCUGGCGAGAAUACUUUUCCCUCCGCAAGUCCCGCAAAAACUGGGAACGCGCUGGAGCGAUAACAGGAGGGACGGGCGGGUUCUUGGGUGGCGCUUAUUACUUUGGUACUGUAGCGGAAUUUGAUCCUACACAGCAGAUUUUGGGGAUGCAGGAUCCGACGUUGGUUUAUGUUUUGGGGGCUAUGGCUGUUGCUGGGUUGGCGAGUUUUACGGGGAUUGUUGGGGCUGGGCAAUUGUGGAGGUUGUUAAAGAAACGAGAAACCCUCAAAGCGCUAGACUUGCGCGAUCGCGAAUUCUUUCAUCGGAUUCAACGACACCGUCCCAAGGAAAUUGCCUCGGUGGUACCUAUUCCCGGAUCACAGUCGGGAAUGCCAGACUAUUACGGAGAAAAGAUCAAUUCCGUGGCGGAUUACCGCUCUUGGUUAAAGAAACAGCGAAGGUUCCGCAUAACGCACAGUAAGAGGCUGCCGGCGUAAACACGACAAGGAUAGGUGCUCAAGUGUGUAGCGGUAAUGGAAUCAAGGAUGAGAUGACCGGAACUGCCAAGUUUACAGCAACCAGGCGCAGCGGGGAUGGGUGCUAUCACGAAUGAUCGUCGAGCCAAAUAGUAAAAUAUAUUAUAUGUACACAGCUCCCCCA